UUCUCCCCACGCCCACACAAACUCAAUCGUUUAGUGUCAAAGUCGAACAACAACAACAACAAAAACUAAGUUAAGAAUCAAGAAUUCAAGAGUACCAUGCUGAAGCAAAACCUACCCAACCAAAUUUUCUCCCUGCCCAACAAGCCCUUCUUCCAUGGGAGCAACAGCCAUUUUCACCAUUCCCUUCUUUCCAUCUCCAAGCCCAGACCCAAAACUACUACUCACCACGCAAGAACCCGACGUCGUCGUUGUAGGGCUGCCAGUGAUACGACGUCGAACAAGCUCGAGGACGCCAGCGCCAUAGCCGAUUAUCUCGUACACGAGAAGCCCAUAAAAGUGAAGGCCGCGGUGACCGUGAAGCAAACCAUGACCGCCAUGUUCACUGGCAUCGGGAUUGAGCGUGGAAUCGAUGACAUCCAAGACCUCCUCGGCAAAACCCUCCUCUUGGAGCUCGUCAGCUCCGAGUUGGACCCUAAGACGGAGCUGGAGAAGCCGACACUCCAGUCCUUCGCGCACAAGGGCGGCGGCGGGAAGGUCGUCGACGGCGAGGUGAGUUACGAGGCGGAGUUCGAGGUGCCGGCGGGGUUCGGGGCGGUGGGAGCCAUCGUCGUGGAGAACGAGCACCACAAGGAGAUGUUCCUGAGGAACAUAGUUUUGGAGGGUUUCCCAAGUGGUCCCGUUAGUUUUGCUUGCGACUCUUGGAUCCACUCCAAGUUCACUGAUAAGAGGAAGAGGGUCUUCUUCACCAGCAAGUCGUACUUGCCCCAGAGCACGCCAGCUGGGCUCGUGGGCCUGCGGGCGGAAGAGCUGGUCACUUUGCGAGGAAAUGGGCUCGGCGAGCGGCAGCACGGCGACCGGGUCUACGACUACGACGUCUACAACGACCUCGGCGAUCCUGACGCCGACCAGGCGCUCGCCCGGCCGUCCCUCGGCGGCAAGGAGUUCCCCGCUCCUAGACGGUGCCGUACUGGUCGCCCCCGUUGUGAAUCCGACGCUGCAGACCCGUCGGCGGAGAAGAAGACGCGGGAUUUCUACGUCCCGCGGGACGAAGAGUUCUCGGAGGUGAAGCAACUGACGUUCUCAGCCAAGACCCUCUACUCCUUGUUCAACACGCUGAUCCCGUCGCUGGGGAACGUGUUCGUCGACGCCGAUCUUGGGUUCCAUCACUUCAAGACCAUCGAUUCCCUCUUCAGCGUUGGGUUCGAAGUGCCCGAGCUCUCCAAAGAAGGGUUCUGGAACGCCCUCCUGCCUCGCCUCUUCGCCGGCACCGGCAACGUCAUGCGGUUCGAGCCACCCGGCGCUUUGGAAAGGGAUAAGUUUUUCUGGAUGAAGGAUGAGGAGUUUGCGAGGCAGACGCUUGCUGGACUCAACCCAUAUUGUUUGCAAUUGGUCACGGAGUGGCCAUUGAAGAGCAAGCUUGACCCCGAAAUCUAUGGUCCACCAGAAUCAGCAAUCACCACUGAACUCAUCGAAUCAGAAAUUGGAGGGAUUAUGACAGUUAAAGAGUCAAUUGAAAGGAAGAAGCUGUUCAUCCUGGAUUAUCACGACAUCCUGUUGCCAUUUGUGAGCAAAGUCAGGGAACUCAAGGGCACGACUUUAUACGGGUCGAGGACCAUCUUCUUUCUCACUCCCGAAGGCACAUUAAGGCCGCUGGCCAUCGAGCUCUGUCGCCCUCCCAUGGACGGGAAGCCCGAGUGGAAACAUGUGUACAGACCGUGCUGGAAUUCCACAGAUUGUUGGCUCUGGAGGCUAGCCAAGGCACAUGUGCUUGCUCACGACUCUGGCAUUCACCAACUCGUUAGCCAUUGGUUAAGAACACAUUGUGCGACUGAACCAUACAUAAUAGCGACGAAUCGACAGCUUAGUGUGAUGCAUCCCAUUUACAGAUUACUCCAUCCUCACUUCAGAUACACAAUGGAGAUCAACUCCCUCGCUCGAGAAUCGCUCAUCAAUGCAGGCGGUAUCAUUGAAUCAUCAUUUUCACCUGGGAAAUACUCCUUAGAGAUCUGCUCAGCUGCAUACGACCAGCUCUGGAGAUUCGACUAUGAAGCGUUACCCAAAGACCUCAUACGCAGGGGAAUGGCAGUCGAAGACAAGAACGCACCCCACGGCCUGAAACUCACGAUAGAGGACUACCCUUUUGCAAACGAUGGCCUCGUUCUAUGGGACACAAUCAAAGAGUGGGUCACCGACUACGUCACUCACUACUACCCAGAGCCAGACCUCGUGGAGGCCGACUCAGAGCUCCAAGCAUGGUGGACAGAGAUACGAACCAAGGGCCACGCAGACAAGAAGAACGAACCAUGGUGGCCACAACUCGAGACCUCCAACGACCUCAUAGAAAUCCUCACCAUCAUAAUCUGGGUGGCUUCAGGGCACCACGCCUCGGUGAACUUCGGACAGUACGCAUUCGCAGGUUACUUCCCCAACAGGCCAACCAUAACCAGAAUCAAGAUGCCGAACGAGGACCCAACCGAAGAAGAGUGGAAGUUCUUCCUGAAAAAACCAGAAGCCGUGCUUCUAGCCACAUUCCCUUCGAAGCUGCAGGCCACGAGAGUGAUGGCCGUGCUCAACGUGCUGUCGAAUCAUUCCCCCGACGAGGAGUACAUCGGAGAUGAGAUGGAGAGGAGCUGGAGCGACGAGCCGUUGAUAAAGGCGGCUUUUGAGAAGUUCAGUGGGAGGUUGAAGGUGUUGGAAGGUAUUAUUGAUGAGAGGAAUGCUAAUGAAGAGCUGAAGAAUAGGAGUGGAGCUGGGGUUUUGCCUUAUGAGCUUUUGAAGCCUCAUUCUAAGCCUGGAGUUACAGGGCAGGGAGUUCCCAACAGCAUAUCCAUCUGAUUUCUUCUUUUUCUUCUUCAUUAUCUUGUGUACCAAUUUAUCAGCACAGUGAAAAAUGUAGAAUAGUAUGGAGCAUAAAUCAUUGAAUAGGGAAGAAUAACGUAGUUUAAAAUGCUCAAUGUAACAUGAAACGACUCGAUUAAAGAAGUUGGACACAACUUCUUGAUAUGGAAGUCGUCACGAUCAAACUUGGGUAUUUUGUUCUCUUCUUUUGUCACCUCAUUUAUAGGACACAUCACACAAUGUAGAAGAAUAAUGUAUUGUGGAAUAGUAUCCAAAAGACUAGUUUCUUCCAUGCUUUAUGUUGAACUUAAUUAUUGCGCAUCAUGCAAUGCAGGA